AAAAAGAAAACCAAAAAGUAGUGUCGGUUGGACCUUUAUUUGCACUCUUGAGUUUUUAUUUUUAUUUUAGAACGCGCCCUUUCCCUUUUCACCCUCCCCUUUCUCACUCAUCUUGUCAUCGCGCACAUUCUUUCCUUCUUCUGGCCAAUGCUUUCUUUCUCUUAUUCGCGUUGACUAAUGCUCAUGCAAUUUUAUCUUUUGCCUUUUUGUUUUCAUCAUCGCUCCCUCUCGUCCCGUUUUACAGCAUUCUUGCUGCCGAUCCUUCAACCCUUUCCUCUCUCAUCUCCCGUCUCUCUUUCUCGUCCUUCCGUUUGUCAUCACAUACGAAUAUCUAGAGGAAGCGACACGUACUUACACCCGUUGCUUCGCCGGCCGCGCUCUAAUCACCACCCGUUUUCCUUUCCUACGUCUCUCAUCCUUACGCUUGCGCUCGAGCAAGGACCAACCCGGCGGCAUCGCACGCGACCGGAUCCAAGCGAUGGGCGCCGAUUAAGGUGGAAACCCGACCUGACAAUCCGCCGGCUGCGAAUCGAUCCGCCGCCACGUUCUUCCUUACAUCUUGGUUUCCAAAUUUCCAAGGCUUUACCUAUUUACUUACCUUACGAAACGCCGUCCCCUCAUCACAUCUCACACAUACCCUUCCGAUCCUAGCUAGGCUAGACGAAGCGGUCAGUCAUUUGCCUCUUGCUUGACGGAUACGUCUCUGCCUGCGUCCCAACCCAACCCAAUCGUGUGGUCACCCAAAGAGCCACGCCAGCAACGAACGGCUUCCGGCUGCAGUGCGCAUACGUCUGUUCCAAUAACGACUGCAUUCCCGUCUGUUGCCUUCUCCAGAGUCCCCUUGUCGCCGAACCCCACCGACACUAAGGCAUUGACAACUGUGCGCUUGACGAGUUCGCCCAGGCACCCAGCAUUCCCAGCAUUCCAGCACUGCUUACUCAUCCUUCUCAUUCGUCGGCCUGUGGGAGCCCCGACUGAACCCGGCGAGGAUCAGUCAACGACCCAGUUCUCGUUCAAGCCCAGGACCACCGGACCCAACUUACCUACCACCCACGACCUUGCUCAGCCGCCGGCAUCCCUCUGGACACGUACGGAUAGUACAAUAUUGCAGCACAGCAAGCGGCACGAGGACUCUGUCUCUACGGAGGCACGCGGGGCCGUCCUAGGUGCCAAGGCUAGGAAGGAACGAGGUUGGGAGUUUUGCCUGAAAGUUUGCUCACGAAACAAUACGAGCAGAUGUCGGCCGAGGGGGUUUCGGCUGCAAAGCCGGAAACCACUUGCAGCAACAAUACUGCGACAGCUGACGCCGCUACCAUCUCUUCCACAGACUCAUAUUCCAGCCACCAACCACAGCACCCACAGGGGGCGCAGCACUCACUGCAGGCCCAGAAUGCCGCUGCCACAGCACACCUAGACCUGGGCUUCUCUGACGUCUCCAACCCGCAACUUUUCCAGCUAAACCCGCCUUCCCAUGCUGUAAACAACAACAUCAACAACAACAACAAACCGCCGACCGACGACAAGUCGCCCGCAGGCUCAACCCGCGAUCAUCCAACAAUUUCUCAAUCCGCAAACACAACGCCGUUCGGCUCACCAAAAGCAAAUAAAACAAAACAGACUCGCAAGCCCUCGCCUAACCUUGCCGCGCGAUUGAAAGCGCUUGGCUUCACCUCUCAUAAGAAGUCGACAGACCAUCCCCCUAUACAACAAGAUCGUAUCGGGCGUCUGCCUGAGGAUCAGAUCCGCCAAAUCGACGAGAAUCAUAAGGCGAGCUCCAUCGAGUCCAGGAUCCAUCGUCGCGGUCGACCUUGGAAGGGCAUCACACCGUCCGACGAUCCGAGACCAGCUACAGCGUCCUCGACUGCCUCGAGAGAAGAGCCCUGCGCUGAGGUAUUCUCGUUCUCAAAAGACGUUGCCCAGGGCGCGUCUCUCGUUCUACCCGAGAUUACAACUACCGAACCCCUGGACAUGGAGACACACAAAUACCGUCUGCCCGACCACACGAAUGGAAACGGCACAAAGGUCCAACUGGAGACUCGACGAGAGCAUCUCGAACGUAGCGCCGCUCAGUCCCCCUCCGAUCAACCGCCACCUCCGCCUCCGAAAGACACGCCACCCGUCCCUGCAACCGAGUUCACGUCCGAUCUUGCGUCAUACUUCAAUCCCGGCCACCAGCGGCCUGGCUCUAUUUAUACACUUUCCCGCGCAUCUUUCGCCAAUCAGCUUGCUCAACUAACAUCCCUUCAACUUCCCGAUGCCGAGUCCUUGUCCAGCAAGGUGUCUGCCAUCCCGACAGCACAAGUUGCAUCAAAGGCUCUCAUCAACGCCGCGGAACAGAUAAGAAGCUGGAUUUACAAGGCAUCGGAGGUCAUCAGUGGCUUGGACAGCGACGAUGACGUCGAGUGGGCCGCCGCAGGUGGUCGUGAAGGACUGGAGGAGGUCGAGAAUGCCAUCCAUCGUUUCGAGAAGUUGAUCAAAGUCUACGUCGGUGCCAUCGAGGAGCUGCAAGGCCGCGAAGACAUUGGCAACGUGCCUUCCGAGGACCUCCAUCGUGCCGUUUCCCAAAUGGAGUCCAUUAUUGAAGAGUGGGCUAACAUUAAAGCGGCGCUGAACACUGUCAAAGGACAAGUCGAGAUAGCGAUGGAGUGGGAAGAGCUCUGGAACAAUGUUCUCGGGGAUAUUCAGAGCGAGAUGGAGGAACUGAGCCGUCUGGUUUUCGAGAUGGAAGAACGUCGCCAUAAGUCUUUGAUGGCUGCCGCUGUCGGCGACGGCGUCGACAUCGGAGACUUGGAGAACAUCGUUGAUGACACUCCUCUUCCCGCAAACAGAACACAAGCUCAGAACCGUUUUAGCCUUGCUGGCCUGCCGCUCAGCCCUGGAUCAACCUCGCCAGGGACCCCAGCACUAUCCCAGGACGACUCAAGUCUGUUGGCUCUAUUCGCCCGGAUGCAGCCGUUGCGCGCAUCGUUGGACUUUCUCCCCAUGAGGCUCGCCGUUUUCGCCGCUCGAGCGGAGAAGUCUUUCCCUACAGCCUGCGAAGAGUUGGACAUGCGACGAAACGGUCUUGACGGUAACUACAAAAGGCUGGAAAAGGAUGCCGAAUCGCUUCGUAAAGAGUUGGGUGAAGACCGCUGGGUCAUUGUCUUCCGCGGCGCCGGAAGACAGGCUCAGAAGAUGAUCGAGUCUGUCGAGAGAUCGAUGCACAAGCUGAGGGAGUCGGUCGACUCAGGUAUGCACUUGAGCAACCCGCCUACGAUGAUAAAGAAGAUCGAGAGCUAUGAUGCCAAGAAGACGCACUACGGCCCGGCCAUUGAGCGAGUUCUUGCAAUCAUUGACAAGGGUGUUAAAGACCGGUUAACAGUCAACGGCGAGAUCCUCCGCCUGCAUGCCGAAAUGCAGGCCAAGUGGGACUCGCUCAAAGACGAAAUGAGAGAGAUGGAUGUGGUUGUGGACGAAGUGCAAGCGGAUACCCGCGGCCAGCAGUUGAGAGACUCCAUCUCCAGCAUGUUGUCGAAUGACCGCUCAACAAUAGGCAGUGGCCGCGAGACACCCGGCAGCUCUCCGCCCUCCUCCGUCAUCAUGUCCAGCCUCGGGUUCGAACCCAAGACUCCUGCCAAUAAGUUUGCCAAGAACCGCUCGGUGAGCACCAACAGUCACCUACCACAGCCGUCCGGUCGAAGGCAGUCGUCGUUGCCAACGCCGUCCUCGCAGCUGCCACGCAAGCCCUUGAAUUCUCGACUGUCAAACAUGACCUCGAGGCUCGGCACGCCAUCCGCAGGCAACAUUCCCAGACCUCAGUCGACGCAGCCAAACCGUCCCAGGUGGAACAGCUCGACCAACACCACGGACGUUGGUAUUGGUCACAAUUUCAAACCCUUGACCCUCACUUGUCCUAGUCCCUAUGCCAGGAAGACGUCACCGGCUGUACGACCGCCAUCCUCACUGACCCCAGGGGCAUCUUCACCCAGCGGUUCAAGGGCGCCGAACCUCCGCACACCCCUUACCCGGGAGUCAUCCGCGUCACCCAUGCCCGAGGACACGCCCACCAAGAGAGCACCCUCGAAACUGUCAUUCCGAGAGCGUUUGGCGUCGCCUGGCCCCUAUUCCCAGCAAACACUAUCCAAACCGCGCUUAUCUUCGUCUGUGUCUACUUCGGGCCUGGAGUCCCAGUCGAGCCGACGUUCAUCUUUGCAACCACCCAGACUUCAUUCUUUCGCCGACAGAACGGUACCAAGCCGUCCUGCGAGCUCCCUGGCUUCUACUAGACGAACUAGUCUUUUGCCGCAACCCAAAGCCAGCAGCGUGACGAGCGGCAGGGAAACCCCGCUGGGACGUGCACCAUCGCGUAAUACCACGCGUAAAACCCUUCCUGAGCUGUCAAAGAGCACAAUGAGCAACAAGCCCCGAUGGAGAGGUUAGGACUCUCUGUUAUCUGGGCAACGGAGAGCGUUCAGUUCACCGUUGACAGCGAUCCCUCAGUGUGACGAUGCAAUCACGAAUGUGAGGGGCAGGCCCCGCUGGCGGACCUAACGAACACUAUUGACCAGCCUUCUGAGCGAACGCGGCUGGCUCAGUGCGAUUUCGACACGACACGAAAGCAGAGUUGUACAUACUCAUAUGCCGCCUUUGAUGGCUUCACAGCAGUGCCACUGAACGAUUCUAUUUCCAUUGUU